UCUACUACCUGUCCAGGCAUCCAAACUCACCACCUGAAAAGUAACGCCAAGAACUGCACCACGCUGCAUCUUGGGCACGAUAAGCUUUCCUCCAGCCAACCGAGCAGCAAAUAACAUCUCACCACGCGACCGUCUGGAUAGUUCAUCUACCCGGCCCACCCGUUCGCUCCACCCGUUCAAGCUACCUCUCUCCCCAUCACAACAUUCUCAUUCUUCUCUUUAUCCUCUCAACCUCACCCAUCUUCAACAAGAUAAUACCCCCACAAAAACAAAGACCAUGCGAUCCCCAAGCGACCCUCUCCUCGCCUCCGAAGCACAACCACUCCCUCCAGGGCAAAUCUAUCUCCCCGACGACGAUGAAAACACCCAGUCCACCGAGCCCCUCAUUGCACGCUGCCGCCGGUCGGCCCGCAACUACCUCUCCUCCCGAUUUGGUCACUACCUCGUCCUCUUCCUGGUCUCUGUAGAUGUUGCCUGUGUUUUUGCUGAUUUCUUGAUUGAAAUUCACGUCUGCGAACUGGAGAAGUACAAGCAUGUGCCUUCUGGGUGGGAAGAUGCUCAGGAGGCGCUGAGUAUUACGGGGUUGGUGUUUUCGUGUCUGUUUAUGCUUGAAUUGGUGGUUGCUGUGGGGAGUUUUGGGAUGAGUUACUUCUCAUCCAAGUUCCAUAUCUUCGAUUCAGCGGUGAUCAUUGUUGCUUUCGCCAUUGAUGUGGCCAUGAGAGGGUUGGUUGAGGAACUGGGUUCCUUGGUCGUGGUCUUGCGGUUGUGGCGCGUGUUUAAGAUUAUUGAGGAGUUGGAAUCCGCUAGUGCGGAUUCUUUGGAGGAGUAUGAGCGGGAAAUUGAUCGGUUGAAGGAGGAGAACUACCUCCUUCAUCGGAGGGUAGAGUAUGGGGGUGAUGGGAUGAAUUGAGCUUGGCAUGGUGCCAUACUACCUAGGUAUGUAUAUGUGUGUAGGAUGUGGGGUAGACUGGCUGGUGGGCUGAGUGGAUGAUUUAAAAGGGUUCUAUGUAGAUGGUGGGUGGUGUGCAGUAGGGGGUGGUGAUAUGCAUGGGAGAUUCCGGGUAUAUAGUCCUUGGUUGUUGUUUGGAGAUCUUAUGGUAGCGGUUCGAACAUAGACGGUGGUUUGAUGGCGAUUCAAGCGUCCAAUUUCUUAUAUCUGUACCAUUUUCUUGGAGACUGCAGGAGGGCGCAAUAUCCCUAGUAAGGCUGAGAUGCUGCAGGAAGCUUACCACUUCUCCACCUCAGCCUGCACAGUUCUCCACCUGCACCCCGCACUGAAUGCGACACACGAUCGCAUUUCCAACGUUUUAGGAUGUCUCUAGGAGUGAAUGUGUCGCUACGCCAUACAUAUGAAC